UGAUGAUCCCGUGGACGCGGAGGCACAAAUUAUACGAGGUUUUUUCGCCGGGAGAGAGUUAUAAGACCGCGUAUUGAUGUUUUUUAAUUUCCUAAUGAUUAUUUGAAAGAGCGUUAUUGGUGUUCAAUGGAAUCGUUAAUUUACUUAACACAUCUCUUGAAACCACAUAUUUAUUAUAUUUAUAACGGCAUUUUUGUACAUAUGCAAAAAUUUUUUGAGCAUAUGGGAAAGGCAACUGUAUGUCUGGCACUUAAACACUUCUUACACACAUGUGUACAGUUCCCUGGACAUAAACCUCUGCAUGUUAUUAGAGGAAUUCCACAGAGUGGCAGGUUUGUCCUUUAUAGUAAAAUCGAUUACGCAUAUUUAAUAUGUAGUCAUACUAUGUAUAUCUACUGUAUACAUGUAUUCAUCCUGCACACACACACACUCGAUCCUUCCAUAUAUGACUUUCUAUUUCAGGGUUUCCAAAUGUAAUUGGGUGGAUUGAUGGCAAACACAUUCCUAUUAAACAUUCAAUAAAUGAGGGAGACGAUGUUAAUAGGAAAGUUAUUCAUAGUAGCAAUGUACAGGUAACAACCUAAUUUCGUGUGCUUAAUUUUUUGCCUUGCUAAAGUCCUUAAACUUAUUACUUUUUUAAUAUGUGAGGCAACUCACAUCAUGACUAAUGAUGAUGCAAAAUGGCCAGGAUCUGUGCAUGAUGCCAGAAUUCUCCACAAGUCAUCAUUAUGCCAGACAUUUCAGCAGGGACAGUACAAUGGUUACUUGCUGGGGGACAGAGGACACCCUUGUCUGCCCUAUUUAAUGACCCCCUACCCUGAACCUGAUCCUGGACCACAGACACGCUUUAACCUGGCUCACAGCCGAACACGGGCCGAGGUGGAGAUGACCAUAGGGAUCCUCAAGUCUAGGUUUCAGUGUCUGCGUGGGCUCCGGGUCAGUCCAGAGAGGGCAUGCAACAUCAUAGUGGCUUGUGUUGUGCUGCACAACAUUGCCACUAUAAGAGGAGAGAGCCACCCUCCUUGUAUUGAAGAAGAGGCCCAGAGGAACCUCUACAGAUUUUUGCACACAACAUGGAAGUGAUGGAAGACAGGAUAUCUGAUUCAUACAGUAUAAGCAAUCUUUCUGACAUCUCUAUAGCAGGACCAACCUCCCAGAUCUUAUAUGUGAAUGUGGCCAUGUAAAGUGUGCAACAUUAAACUAUCUACGAGCUUGGUAUAGAGACCAUUUUGGAGCCUUUGAGUUCACUUAUUCACCUGGUAAAGAGAUUGCCCUGGUUUGCCUUGAGGAGCUGACUGAUUCUUAUCCACUUGUGGCCUAUACGGUUGGCUCUAAGCGAAUGGUGACUCUGAAGAGACAUAUCGUCAUUAAAGAUUAAAUCAGGAUGACCGGACCAGUUAGCUUUAGAGUUCUUUUUGGAGGGGAAGAUGAUGCAAGAAAACUCACCGUUGCAUCUGGAAUGCCGAAAUCUGUGGAUGAAUUGGCUCGUGAAAUUACAACAUACUUUGGACUGACAGAGCAGGUUAGGCUUCAGUACAGAGAUGUUGAGUUCGGAAAUGAAUUUUUAAAUCUCUCCUCAAUUUCAGACAUUCAAGAUCGAAGCACUUUGAAAGUCAUAUACUUUCCUUGUGAGUCUACCAGCUCUGUAAUGUCCUUAGCUUCACUCACUGAAGAUACCUGCUUCACAUUCCCAGUGACGCUCUCAAGCUUCUCAUCGCAAGAACCAAAUGAUUCUUCAUCUGUUGACUCCAGUAGCACAAAUGAAACUGUAAUUUUGUCAUCUCCAGAGUCGCGAUCUUGCACUUGGCCUGAAGUCUUUGUAGUUCCACGCUUUUCAUAUUGUGCAGAGAUGCAGCUCCAGAAGGGAAAUUCUGAUUUCAGUGUUAAUGGAACUGUCCUGUCUCUUACCCCCAAAAUCAGAUCUGAUAUUCUUGAGGGUCUUGCAGAAGAAAUUAUUAAGUACACUGCAUAUCCAAGGGAUGAUCAGUUUGAGAAAGUUGCUGAGGCAUUAAUACAGACCCAUCCAUGUUUGCACGAGAAAGGAACUCCCACUGGGUAUUCUGGAUGGAAACACUACAUUAAGAUCAAAAUGAUGAACUUCCGCACCAAGCUUGGCCGAGCUGGACACCCUGAAGUCACUGUCAACUCCCUUAAACACAAACAGAAAGGCCAGGGAAAACCAGCUGCAAACAUAAAAAAGCCCCGCAAGGCAGAGGUUAAUUUCUGUCCAAACCAUCCCAGAGGCGAAACCCCAAACAGCCUGGAAGCAGAAAGGGCUGCUAUUUUGACCGAGGUAAAAAAGCAGAAUAACGAGACCGUUAUCAAGGAAAAGAUGCAUCGUACCUUCUCAUACAGACGUCAAGAAAUUCUUCAGGAACCAAUGAUUACAGAGGUCCGAAACAGAUGCCCAGCACUUUUCCAAGUUGGAGAAAUCAACUUGGAGUUCAUGCGUAUAACAACUGUUCCUCUGACAUCCAAGUUUAUUGGUCAACUGGACAAAUACACUGAUGACCUGCUGAAGGUUUUCCUUCACAAAGGAGGAACUGCAGGACAGAAAAUCGGCAGGAUAAUGGCACUGACAGCUGAAAAUGAAGACAUAAACAUCAAGCAGGACUGCAUCCUAAGGAGCUUGAGUGUCUACCUUAAUGAGGAUCUUGAGACACUUGUCAAAGAAUUUGUGGACUGUGAAAGUUCAGAGGCUGAGUCGGGGAUUGCACAGACAACCAUGGGCAUCUAUGUCAUUCGGGCAGAGGGUGCUGGUCCUGGAGAUGAGCCAACUGAUGUUGGUGUGGUGCUUGAAGGUGUGGAAGUUCUGCGAAACUUAAAAAAUGUCACACUUGUGAUGUGUGAUGCUUUUUGGACUCAUAUAUGCACUUAACCUAAACUACCCAAAGGACCUUAAAUGCACAUUCGAAGUGUUUCAGAAAGUCUUCAUGGAACUGGAUACCACCAAACUGUCUCCAAAAGUCCAAGGAUUGAAAAUUAAGAUGCUUCAGUGAUUUUACUUUUUUUAACAUUUGUUCCUCCUUCGAAGCAGGUGGGUUAACUUGUUCUGUUUGUAAACUUAGUAUUUUAAAAGUUGAACGUUAUUUAUUUCAUGUAGGAUGUUUGUUCAAUACAUCUGUGAUAUUAACAUACACAAAAAAGUGUGAAGCAAAGACACUCAAUUUUAUUUUGUUGAUUUUCAAUAGAUUUUUAUUUAUUUAUUUCUUUUUAUUUGUUUUUUAUUAUUCACUGGCAACACAAUUCUAAAUGUAAACACUCUGUAUGUUUAAUACAAGCAGUGCUGUUAACAGGUUCUUUCUACCUUGAAUUUUCUAUAUUAGGUAAUGUAUCUGUAGCACUGGCUAAGGUUUAGCACAUUUUUUGUUGUUUUUGUUGUUCUCAAAAUAUGCU